AUGGACGAAGUUUAUCAAGAUUUUGCCGAAGGAGUGAGUGUUAUUAUCGUUUGAAAAGUAUUUCAACAGUUUUAGAAAUCGUUCGGUGAACUCAUCGAAUUGAGUGAUGAUUUUAUUUCAAUGGCUAAACCAAGAAGACGAACAUCGCCGGCUUUUAUAACAACAAUAAAAUGUUGUAACAGCUAUUGCAGUAUUCGAGUUCCUACGUCAGUUCAAAAUCAUAAUGAUAAAUCUAUCCAUCACAGGAACUGUUUACAGAUUUUCUGUGAUUUUUGUUCGAGCAAUGCUGGUGUUGUCACUUGGAAAUUUCCCAAACAAGUCAUUCAUCAAUACAGUGAGAUUUACUACGAUAAUUAGAAACCACAGGAAAACUUGAAUUUUAGGUUAUAAGACUGUUCUUAAAAAGAAUAUGUUUUAUUAACAAUGAUGUUAUCUCAAUCGAUUCAAGUUUGGCUGGCCGGAAAAUUUGUCCAAUUCUUUUGUCGCUGAUUCUGUGUCGGCCUACGCAUUUGUUAGUUAAAGUUUGACUGAUUGAGAUAAUCUAUUCAAUUCAGAAUUCAAGAAUGGAUAACUAGACCACUCGAAGAAUUCGUUAAUGGGCCAGAGAGAAGACAACCGAUAAAGGCAAAAAAGACUAGUACAAUGUUUGCAAAUGCUGUUCAUGUUUUGAUGGCAAAUACGGAACCGCAUCCAACUGGUGGCCGGUUCUGUAGCGACACUUUAAAGAAAAAGUAAGUUUUCACCUACUGUCUCACUGUGCCCGGAACGCGACAUCAGAGAAAUGAAAAAUGAGUGAAAACACACAAACACAAUUUCCCCAAUUUCAAAGAUUUGAAUAAAAUACUUACAAAUGUGUGACCGUGGACUAGGAAACCAAACACAUUUGUAUUUCUCUCGGACAAAUUUUUAUUGUUUAUUUAUUUCGCAAAACGUUUUUCAUUGUUUUAAAACAAUAUAUUUUUUGGUUUUCUUGUAUAUAUAUUUUUUCAGAAAAAUUUUCAGUGGAGCAAAAAACCCGAUAUAAGGUCAAAAGUUUGGAGAAUUUCACAAUGACUAAAGUGAAGAAAAUCAAGGUAAAUUUAAAAAUAUUACUUUAACAUGUUUUUUGUUUCAGAAUUGCAGUUUUACAAAAUGCAACGUUUGUUCCGCUUUAAAAAACGCUUUUACGAAAACUAUUGAAAAAGAAGUGGUUUAUGAAUUACAAAAUGAGCAUUGCGAAGAAGUAUUGUAAGAUUUUUUAUUCAAGUUGAUACACUGGAAAAUUAAAAUGUUUUCAGCAAUGAUCGAACGGUAGUGGAAUUGAUGGAAAUUAUAGCGAGACAACCAAACAAGAACACAAUUUUAAUCAAACUCGAUGCGAUGGGAAAAGAAAGAACGAAAAUGCCCAUAAUAAACGAUCGGCCAAAAUGUAUUGAUGACACUUCUCGAAUGGCUUACAAUGUUGUAGUUUUCCAAUCACCGAAUACAGGUAUUAUCCGGUUUAAUCAUGAACUCUAUUUAUUUAUUUUUCUCAGGAUCAACCCUGUAUAAAAAUGCCGUCUAUACCAUGUUAGGAGAUUUAUAUCCAAAAAGCUCAAGUUUUUAUUCUUCUCUACUAUGCAAUUAUUUAUCAACAUUGUCAACUGUUCCUUCCGAUGUUAUUAUUGUUUUGGAUAAUGCACGAUGUAAUAAAAGCGAAGAAUUUGUCGGUUUUAUGGGAUAUUUAAUGCUGAUUUUGAAAGAAAUAAAUUCGGUGAGUAACCACAAUAUUUUUUCAAAUUAUUUUUGUUCUUAAGGUAACUCUGUGCUAUAUGAUGGUGGGACACUCACAUACAAGUGUAGAUGGUUAUUUUGGGUUGUUGACUAGGCACUUUUCGGAAAAAAACACUCUUUCGCCGCAUGGUUAGUUUGUAGGAAUUUUCUGAGACAAUGUAGUUCUUAUAGAAUUCGAUAAUCGAUGUUUGGAAUUGGCCUCCACCCAAGAAGUCCGAAAAAUCGACACAAUUUAUGAUUUUUCACCAAUUAAAGGAUUUUUGAAUAAAAUCAAUAAUCGAGCAACACAUCACCUUGUAAAAAUAUUUCGUUAUAAUGGUGAGUCUUGAAAUAUUUUUUUUUAUGUUUGAGAUCUAAAAUGUUUCAUUCCAGACAAAAUAUCGAUAUCAGUUGGCAAGUAUAUACGAUCGGAUGCAUUUUCUCCAAUUGGACAGACGAAAUCCGAUGUUAUACCUCUAUUUAAGGUAUUUUUUUUGUAUUUAUCACAGGCAUGAAUUUCUGACUUUUUCCUGCUGAACUCACCCCUUGCCACGAGUACACUUUUCACAGUCAUUGAAAUAAUAAUCUCUAGAUUAAUCUCAAAAAAGCGGUGUGUAGUUUUGCGUCGCCUUGUGUGUUUGUGCACAGCACACAUUUUAAUUGACGCGACGUAUUUUUAUUUCUCAAAAGUUGUGCGUAGUGUGUUCAGUGAUGAUUAAUGGAAAUAAAUGACAAUGCAUUGUUCCUAUUUAAAUUCAGCACAAAACUGCUAGUUGUAGGUAUAUCACCGCCUAAUUUCACAAAAAUACCGAUUCCUGCCGAUUAUUACUCAGGGAAACAGAAACUCCGGCCCUCCGCUAGAAAAAUCGAAAAACUUCAGAGUCCCUCUUUAAAUAAUUAUAACUCUUUAAAAAAAAUACCUUAAAUGGUCGAUUUCAUUUUUUUCCAUCACUGAAUUUUCAAAAGAAUACUUCCUUGAAAUGAAAAACGUGCCGCACCUUGCCAAAUAAACCCCUCCUCCCGAUUUACGCGAGAAAUUCUUUUUUCUGAUUAAAAAAGGCAAGAAUUUAUGUCUGUGUUUAUAAAUAUUUAAAAACUAAUUAUCAUAAGCAUUACAGGACGAAACAUUAUUGAGUGAUUUCAAACCAGCAAUUGUUUUACCGAAUUUGGAACAAGCCAAAUGUAAACUUGAGAGACUUCUAAAAUCAUCGGCUUCUUUUUUUACAAUGGACCAAAGAAAAUCGUAUGAAUCCUCGCUCUGUUCUACACGAAUCGGUAAGUUAUUCAUGUCGAUUGAUAAGCUAUUCAAAUUCGUUGUAUUCAGAAUGGGAAAACCUUCUGCAAAGAUUCAGCGAAAUUCCACGAAACCUACCGCUUGUUUUACCUCCCAAAUCGAAGUUGACUGUUGUUGAGUAUCUUGAACAACACGGAUAUCAAUGCCAUACCAACCCUAAACCAUUAUCUAUUGAUCCAGAAUUGGCCAAACAAAUUAAUAAAUGA